AUGGCUGCAAAUAAUUAUCAAUGGCCUUCAGAAAGAACUAUGCCAAAUAGAUCAAGUGGGAUACAUGAAAUUGAAGCAUUUACUGCUUUAAAUGCUAACGUAGACUCUAUUUAUAAAAGACUAGAUCAAUUGAGUAUUAAUGCUGUUGAUUCUGUUAUGCAGGUUUGUGAAUUGUGUGCUGGACAACAUGUUACAAGCGAAUGUCAAGCUGAGGCAUUAGCUCAAAUGCUAAGCUAUGCCAAGUUUUUGAAAGAAAUUCUAUGCAAGAAGACAAGGAAAUUGGGCUUAAAUGAAGUGAAGCCUACAACUAUUUCUUUACAAUUGGCAUAUAGAUAUGUGAAAUAUCCACUAGGAGUCAUUGAAGAUGUUCUUGUCAAAGUGGAAAAUUUCAUCUUUCCAGUAGAUUUUAUUGUGCUUGAUAUGGAGGAAGAUAGAGAGGUUGAUAUUAUUGAUGAAUGUGUCGCUGAAAUUUAUGAAAAUCCUAAAGAUCCUUUAAGAAAAGAUGCGCAGUUUUUCGAUGCACCAUCAACAACAUUGUUAGAAUUGGAUCCACCAGAGUUAUCUACAAGAGUCAUCCAAUCAUGUUCAUCAAGAAGAACGAUUUUUGAAGAACUUGGAAAAGGAUCAACCCCAUCAAUUCCAUCCAUCGAGCAACCCCCAAAGCUUGAUCUCAAGCAACUACCAUCACACUUAAGGUUGAAUAAAGCGCUAAUUUCAGCUCCCAUUAUAAUGUCACCUGAUUGGAGUCUUCCUUUCGAACUGAUGUGUGAUGCAAGAACUCCUUAUCAUCCUCAAAUGAGUGGUCAAGUGGAAAUUUCCAAUAGAGAAAUCAAGAGAAUAUUGGAAACAACAGUGAAUUCUUCAAGGUCAACAUUCAAAACACCAAUUGGAAUUUUCCCAUAUCGUCUAGUCUAUGGUAAGGCUUGUCAUUUACCGGUGGAACUGGAGCAUAAAGCUUACUGGGCAAUGAAGCAGCUGAAUUUUGACAUGAAAGCUGCGGGUGAAAAAAGAUUGUUGCAAUUGAAUGAAACGCCUUGA